AUGCCUUCUACUCCUGAGCGAGGAAGCUCCCCCGCCAAUUUGGACGAUCUGUUCAACUACGACGUCGGCCUCGACGACAUCUUCGCCGAAAACAACGACACCAAUGUCGACAAUGCUAAUUCCAAACCAAAGACCGGAGACCCUUCAUCACUCGGAUUAGGUCUUGACGAAGAAGUCAAAGUCACCAAGAAACGCCAGCCAGUCGCGAAGCUCGAUGAGAACCGUCUUCUUUCACAAGCCGGGAUUCCAAAAUUACGACAAUCAGCGAAAAAGAAACUCCGAUUCAAAGGCAAAGGACAUGAGUUCUCCGAUGCAGCCCGUCUCUUAAACUUCUACCAACUCUGGCUAGACGAGCUAUUCCCCCGCGCCAAAUUUGCAGACGGUCUAGCCAUGGUCGAGAAACUCGGCCACACGAAACGUAUCCAAACCAUGCGACGAGAAUGGAUCGAGGAAGAGAAACCGAAGCUCUUCAGGGAUGAUCCUGAACCAACAAUAGAAACGCUCGAACUACCCACGAGACUUUCUUCAAAUCAGAAUCAGAACGGCGAGACACAACCACUGGCGGGUCCUUCGGGAGAUGCAGAUGGAGAUGCAGAUCAGCUCUUCAUUCCAGAUCCAGAAGCAGAUACCCGGCAGCAACCAACCAGCCACCCCGAGCCCGAUGACGACGAACUCGACGAUCUCGAAGAUCUCCUCCGAGAGCAAGAUAAUGAAAUGUCGGGAAUACAGCCAACGUCAGGGUCGGGGCCACAGAAAAACGAAAACACCUUGGACGACUUUGAUGCCGACUACGAAGCUAUGAAUGAACUUGGGUUGUAG